UAAGAUCUCAUAUAGUUUUUACAAUAAGAAUUAAUCUAUUUAGCAUUAUUGCUGGCUACUUGUAAUUUUGUUUAUAAGUCCGGUAACUCUUAGUCAAGUUUGUUUUGUUUUUCCUGUAAUUGUUAUUUGAUCAAGAAAAUGUGUGAUUUUCCUGAAAAUUUACAAAUAAAACGUGAGCCUUCGCCACCUUCUACUCCUGAGGAUAAAUCACCUAGUAACAUUAAAGCGAAGCUAAAUCUGCAUGUAAAACGCAGAUUGCAAGACUUCAACCAAACCGCUGAAGACAAUUUAUCAUUCAAUAACAAAACACAAAUUGCUGUUGAUAUCAAGCAGGAGCCCCAAAAAUCAGAAACUAUCAGACAAAAGAGACCCUAUAACAAAAGAACAGAUAAAAACAAAUCUGCCACACAAUCUCUGGAAUCCACAUCACUACUAACAGCCGCAGGAUCAGCAGCAGCAUUAGCGCCUCAACGUAAAUAUAAACAUAAAAUAAAACAAAUUGUAGGCAACGACAACCAAGACUUACUACCAAACUCGAAUACUAUUGACGAACCAGCAUCAGUUGGCCAUAAUGCAACAAUAACAGCUGGUGCUUUAAGUGCGGGAGAAGAGGAUGAGGGCGGUCAUGACAAUGAAUUGAAGGCGGGCCGAGAAAAAGAAAAAUGUCCCGAUGUUUUGGCCAUGGUGUUAAGUAUGAAGAAAAGAGCUUUAAUGCAAGAUCCAGAAGUUCAAAAAUUUCUAAAAGAUGUUAUGGAAGUAAUAAAAAGUUAAAUUUAAAAAAAAA